CUCUAACACACAGCCUACAACUAAUACAUACGCCGUCAACAGCCGUCAUGUCUCUCGAACCCUUGCCUGGAACGUUGGAAAACUUGCUGGAGCAGACCAGUUUAAAAUGGAUUUUUGUCGGUGGAAAGGGUGGUGUCGGUAAAACGACUACGUCGUGCUCGUUGGCCAUUCAAAUGUCCAAAGUACGCAAGUCUGUGCUGCUUAUUUCCACAGAUCCGGCCCAUAACUUGUCUGAUGCUUUCGGAACCAAGUUUGGUAAGGAGGCUCGUUUGAUUCCCGGCUUCGAGAACCUCAGUGCUAUGGAAAUUGAUCCCAAUGCCUCCAUCCAGGAGAUGCUGGAGCAGUCCGAGCAACAAAACCCUAACAAUCCCAUGUCUGGUAUGAUGCAAGACUUGGCUUUUGCCAUUCCUGGUAUUGAUGAGGCUUUGGCUUUCGCCGAGGUCAUGAAAGAGGUCAAGUCGAUGAACUUUGACUGUGUCAUCUUCGAUACUGCUCCCACUGGUCACACCCUUCGUUUCUUGAACUUCCCUACCGUCUUGGAGAAGGCCCUGGCUAAGCUUAGCGGUCUUACAAGCCGUUUUGGUCCUCUUAUCAACCAAAUGAGUGGUAUGUUGGGCACCAACACCAACCAAGAAGACAUUUUCGCCAAGAUGGAAGGUAUGCGCGGCAGUAUCUCUGAGGUGAACAAGCAAUUCAAGAACCCCGAUCUCACUACCUUCGUAUGUGUUUGUAUUUCGGAGUUCUUGUCCUUGUACGAAACGGAGCGUAUGAUUCAAGAACUCACGUCUUAUGAAAUUGACACUCACAACAUUGUGGUGAACCAAUUGCUUCUGGACCCCGAUACAAAGUGUCCCCAAUGUAUUGCUCGUCGGAAGAUGCAACAAAAGUAUCUUUCCCAGAUUGAAGAACUUUACGAGGAUUUCCACAUUGUCAAGGUUCCCCAAGUGCCGUCUGAAGUUCGCGGUACUGAAGCUUUGACAAAGUUCUCCGACUUGCUCAUUCACCCUUACGUUAAGGAGUAAAAGAGUACGACGACAAGCGUUUCACGCCGAUGAUUGCAUGCCUUGGUGAACUAUUUGUGCCACGAAUGACCUGUACGCUGAUGUGCUGUUCGGGCUCAAUACUAGUAAACGUAAAAUUUAUAGAUCGGUAAAUGGAUGAAAACAUUUAGCCAGUAGUGAUAAAAUAGGAUCGAUGCCCAUGUUCUCGUAGAGAUUGUACAACACAUUCUUUACGCUGUAAACCUUAUUGACUGAUUCAUGUAACGGUAAACGAACG